CUGCUGAAUCAAGAUUCUGCAACAAAAUUAAUACAGCCAAGCCACUCUUUUCAGUUUCUGAUGGUGAAUUUAACUGUUGUUGUAACUAAUUAUUAGUUAUAUAUAAAAUAGAAAUCGAUAAACUGAUGUGCAAGUAUUGAAAAAGAACUUCAUUAGUAUAAUCAACGAAACAAAGUUCCAACCCAAAAUGUCGAACAGAAGCAAUAGGAGAGACGACUAUGAUAGGGACGACUAUAAUAAGAGGGAUGAUCACAGAAGAGACGAUUAUCGAAGAGAUGACUACAGAAAAGGGUCAAGUGCAUACAGAGGUGAGGACAGGCGGAGAGAAGUUGAGGAUGAUAACUCGAGGACAAGGGACAGAUCUCCGCACAGAUCUCACGAUCGCUACGAGUCUUCCAGUGGGACCGACAAAAGUUCAGAUAAACAAAAAUUAGCUUUUGGAUUUGACAAAAAAGGAGCCUCCAGCGAGCCAAAGAAAAGCGGUGGGAUUCAGAUGAAGCUUGGUUCAUCUUCGAAAUUCACUACACCAGCUCCCUCUAAAAAGCAUACUAUAGCUUCUGUGUUCAAUAAUGAUGAUGAUGAUGAACCAGAAGAAAUGCCAGCCGAAGCAAGAAUGCGAAUGAGGAAUAUUGGUCGUGAUACACCUACAUCUGCAGGACCUAAUUCGUUUGGAAAAACAAAACAGGGAUUUUGUGAUUCAAAGAAGAUAUUUGAAAAAGCUCUCAAAAAAGCAAUGGAAGAAGCUGCUGAUUAAUUAUGACUUUCUCAUCAUAAAAACAUUUCUUGUAGUUUGCCAAUAUAAGUAUCAGUGAUUGUGUUAAUACUAAAAAAAAUUAUUAUCGAUGUUACUUAUACUAAUUAUCAUUUAAGAUUUAUAUACAUUAAAUUAUUAAAAUAAUGAAAUUGAGUGUUUUAGCACCUAAAAUAUUUAUCCAAUUCAAUUGAUCAUUUUUUGAUUUUUACUUUUCUUUAUAACUAUGUAUGUAUCUUCAUUAGUGUUUUUAUAAGAGUUAUUUUUCAAAAACUAA